AUGCCCUCGCUUAGUCAUUUCUCACUUUCACCUAAGCCUUUCUUUUUAUCGACUUCGUUUUUUAUACUCUUCAACAUCUUCUGUCUCGCUAUAUUGAUUUCCAUUUUUUUAAUAUCACUGUUUUCUUCCCAUCUCCCACACAUUUACUUCUCCUUACAAAUCUCACGCAUACUCUCUUACGUCUCCUUGCAUCUUUCUUUGUCUUGGUUUAUUCUUCUCUGUAUCGGCAAUUUGUUGUUUAAAUGUUUAUUGGUUAAUAUUUUUAUUUUUUUUCUUGUUUUCUUGUUUUUUUUCUUUCGUUCUAUUCUUCCUUCCAUUUCUUUUCUUUUCCUUCUUUCAAGUUCUUUCUUUUUUUCAAUUUUCCUCCUCUUCCCGUUCCUUUUCUUCUUCUUUCAAAUUUUCCCUUUUAUUUCUAUUCGUUUUUUUUUCUCCCACUUCAUCGCUUUUUUCUUUACAAUUUCUUCCGCCUCCUCCUACUACUCGUUUUUUUUUCUUCUUUCAAUUUUUCCUCCUCGUUCUUUUCCAUCUUCUUUCAAUUUUUCUUCGUCCCUAUCGUUCUAUUUUUUCUCAUUUCAAGUCUUUUCUUCUCUUCGUUAUUUUCUUUCCCCCUUUCCAUUUUUUCUUUCUCCUUCUUUUGUUCCUCUUUCAAUAUUUUCUUCCUCUUUCCGUUCUUUUUGUACCGGUUUUCUCCCCCUCGUUCUUUUCUUUCUUCUUCCUUAUUGUCCUUUUCCUCACACGACUUAUCUUUUCAUCUUCUUUCUCGUUCUUUCUUUCCUCUUUUUCUUUAAUUUCUUCUUCUCGUUCUCUUAUUUCUUUUCAUUUCCUAUACUUAACUACAUCUUAACGUUUCCUAUUCAUAUUUUUCUCUCCUCUUUCUAUUUUUCUUUCUCCCUCUUCUCUUUUUUCUCUUUCUUGCCCACGCAUAUUAUUUGUACAUCUCUACUCAUUCCCAGCAAGUUCUAG